GAAGCUCGACCGGCGAUGAACAGUGCGCUGCCCGUCGUCUCCUCCGCUCACCCUGCCGCCGGAGCUGCCAACUCGCGCCGGCUUCCCUCUCCGGCCCUCCACGCGGCCUCGACGGGAUAUGCUGACAUCAACCGGGGCCUAGUCAACCGCAGUGCUGCAAAUGCAAGCAAAGUAUGCGCGUUGCCAGGCCAGGACACUGACACCGCCGUGGAGGUCCAAGGAAGCAGCGGAUGGAAACCAGCUCUGUGCGUGAUUCUUGUGGAGCUGUUCAACACAGGGACCAUACUGCUAGGCAAGGUCGCACUUGAUGCUGGCAUGUUUGUCUUCUCCUUGCUAUGUUAUCGAAGUAUGCUUGCUGCUAUUUUCAUCAUGCCGUUUGCUCUAUUCUUAGAAAGGGGGAAGUGGAGGGAAUUGGAUAUGAAGACUCUUGGGUGGCUCUUCAUCAAUGCUUUUGUCGGAUAUUCGUUGCCCAUGGCUUUGUACUACUAUGGAUUACGGGACACAGCUGCCUCCUAUGCUGUGAUCUUCUCAAGUUUGACUCCACUUUUCACCUUUAUCUUGUCCAUAAUACUUGGCAUGGAGAAGUUGCGCCUAAAAUCCAAGGUCGGCAGUGCGAAAGUGAUUGGAGCAUUGGUUUGUUUUGGUGGGGCUCUACUAAUAAGUCUUUACAAAGGAAAAGAAUUGCAUCUCUGGUCUCCAAUUAUAAGAGUAACACCAAAAGAUUCUAAUGGAGCUGCUGGAAAGCAUCAUUUGAGGGGCACCUUGAUUUUGUUUGGUGCUUUCAGCAGCUAUGCACUUUGGUACCCUAUACAGGUGAAAGUUUUGAAGGUGUAUCCAUGGAAACACUGGUCCUCUGUGCUGACCUGUGUUCUGGGUGGUGUGCAAACUUUCGCCAUCGGAAUAAUUAUGAGCAGGCAUAAACUUGCCUGGCAAAUAGGAUGGAACAUUCAACUACUAACCAUUGUCUACUCGGCUGCACUUGGCACAGCGGCCAAGUAUUGGCUGAACCUAUAUGCUGUUGAAAAGCGGGGGCCAGUUUUUCCAGCCAUGUUCAGCACGUUAUCGACGAUCUUCAUCAUAGUUUUAGGAGUGCUGUUGCUAGGCGAAAGCCUCACUGUUGGGAGCUUGUUGGGUAGUGCUUUAGUUUUAGGAGGUCUAUACAUAUACCUCUAUGGAAAGGCCAAUGAACAACACGCGGUGACGGCAUCGGUUACAGGGAUGCAAAAAGAGGAGGACAAAGAGAUUCAGCGGUCUGGUAUGACUGCGAUGACUGAGGAGAGGCCCCACCCUGUGCCGUUAGAGAGCUCCAUUAUCCAGCUUGACGAGAAGCUGGACGCAGGGGUCUCCAAGUGAAGUGCUUGUAAUCAUGGGGUUCUCUCAUUUAAAUGACUGACAACCUAAAAAAAAGGACUGACCAUAAGAGCUGGCUUGCCCCACAUUGAUAGAGUUUGACAUGAGAAUGAAGAAUGGUGAGGAAAGGAAGAUGAUCUGCAACUGAUAGACUGAGUGAUAAACUUCUACAACCGCGGUGCAUGGAAACCAGUCAAGCAUCCCAUCAAAGGCGACCUCUAUGUCGUUGACAUAUCUCUAGCAUGCAUCAGAAAGUCGGUAGGAACCGGACCUUGCAGUACUCGUUGAACAUGAUGUUCAACACAAGCAAGGGAAUCGUCGGGAACGAAGAUCCCGGCUUCGAUUUCAGGCCAAACAAACCUAUCAUUGUAGUUUGCAUGAGCGUGACCGAGAACAAGAUGUAUGUGAUCUAUGAAUGAGUACUAGACGAAUUGUAAGCAUGCUACUGAAACGUGCCAGCGAUGUUGUCAA